AUGCGGGAGCGCCGAUAUUCCCGCUGCCGGAAUUUGCGUCCACUGAAGCGCCGCCUAUGGCUGCACUAUGGAAAGCACCGGAAGGCGUGCACUCUGCUUCUGCUGCUGCUGAUUCAGGUAUUGGGCUUCCUCGCGUACGAGUUGUCCGCGAAGAACGUGAGGUACACGAGGACUGGCCCCGCUAUGGACAGUAAUGGGGCGCAAAUCAUAUUUUUUGGUGAAACUCAGCCACGUGACGCGGCGGCGCUCGGGGGUCUGACCACCGCCGUGCGGAAGUACACCCCCGCAGAGCUAGAGGCCGAGUACGGGGACAUGGACUUCAUCUACACCUUUGUGAAUGGCACGGAGCGCGAUCACGCCUUUCGCCGCCUGCUAUAUCAUAGGUGCCUGAAUGAGAUUAUGCACGCGGAGGAGGUCUUUUACACGCGUCGCAAAGUAUUGGUGCUGCCGUGUACCAAGCGGGGUUUUUUUCCCCGCGCGGAAACUGUUCGAGGGCUGUUAAAAAAAAUGGGAGGCGCCGCCGCCAGGGCACCCUCUGCUCGCGACCGCGAACGUGACGAGCUGCGGUAUAGCAUCCGAAGUGUGGAGCAGCACAUCCGGUGGCACCGCGGGCGCCUGAUCAUUGUCUCCCCCGGUCACUAUCCCAGCUGGGUGGAUCAGGCGAAGAACUUCAUGUGGAGUGCCCUCACGUCCAACCUGGGGCCCCACAUGCGGGGCCGGCACGCCCGCAUCACCACAGUGCACCAGGAUGCACUGAUGCCGUACGGCAUGCGUCUCACCGUGGACUCGCACACCAUUGAGAUGCAGCUCUUUCGCGUGCGCAACAUCACACCCAUUCAUCUCUUUCUUAACGACGACUACUUCAUCAACGGUGAGGUGGAGGUAAACCACCUGCUCAACGAAAACGGCGGCACCUACGUGCGCACAGAGCACGGCAUGCUGCAGAAGGCGGUCAACGGCGCGAAUGGAACAUCCUGGAGCGACGGGGUGCGGCACACAAACCUCUUCAACACGAUGGAGCUUGAUAUCCACAAGGAGGAUCACCUACCGCACAAUAUUCUCGAACGCUGGCAGGCGGCAGGGUACGACCCUGCGUACAACAUUCCGGUUGCCUCUGGAGAUCAGCUUAUCCACACCGCGCGUGACCAUCCGCCGAACACGCUCCCCAAGAAAGCCACGCCGCAACGACCACGUUUUUAUGCCACACACGCACCGUUUGUGUAUUGUACGCGGAUGUUUGAGUUUCUCAACACGAGGUACGAGCUGGAGAUUGCCCACAACACCCUGCAGCACCGCGGACGGAUGGCGCGUGACCUCUUCACGCCCUUUGUAUACAACGCCUUUAUCAUGGCCCGCCCGUGGCAGUCCUCGCCGCGGUUCCUGCCGUACCUCACCGCACUGCAGUUGAACCGGAUGAAGAAUUUAGGGGUCCCCAAACCGCCGCCGCUGCAUAUUCUCCUGGACAACAAGGAUGCCUGCGCCCCCGCCACGCUACUGCGACAACCGGCAUCAGAAGCCAUGUAUGCAAAGUUCGUAGACAACUUGGAGAAGAACAAACGUGUCAUUCACUCACUGGAGAUGAAUAAACCGCUUUUUUUCAACAUUAACGACGAGUUCCGCGAGGUGAACAGCAGCUUGCAGCUUCAGGUAUUCCUUGCCAGCGUCUUUCAAAAGCCGGCGCUCCUUGAACGCACCGCCGCUGAGACAAACGACAGCGCCCCGUAUUUUACCGCAUUUCAGGAACUUAUGAAACUUCCCCUAGUCAUCUUUGCCUCAUACAGGGAAGCGCUCUGUCCCCUUAUCCGCAGCCUAAAGCUUGCCAUGCCGCAGUUUACCGGCCAGGUGAUACUGGUGCUAGAAGAGGGCACAGCGGAGGAAAACAAGGAUAAUCUUGAGACGAUGCGACAACGGCUAAAUCAUAGGGUAAUAAGUGCAAUGCCUGUGGUGCUGUGUACGUUUAGCGGGAAUGUGAAAGAAGUCACCGUGUCCCCCAAGCUACAGAUCAGUGAGGCGGUGCAACAGGCCCUUGGCACCGUACCGAACUCCACCAAAACACCUGUGCUGCUGCCAGAGGACUACAUUGGUGGUAGUCAGGUGAAGGUGGCUGCGCUUGCUAUUGAUGCCCGUACAAGACACCUUCUUGACAGCGUUGCGGCGCUCACGCGGGCCAUUGAGGUGCCGGCUCAGUCUUUGGCACUUGAGGACUUUGAGCUUGCAGCUCCGACGGAUUCAAAUGGCUCCGUUUUGGUGCUCUCACGCGAAGACGCAAAGCGGAAGGCGAUACACUGGGUGAACGGCGCCUCGGAAACGGACCUGUUGAUCACCUUUCCGCUGCCGUAUGCGCGUUAUGAAGACCUCGACGCACCCAUAACGUGGUCUUUUAGAAAAUAA